CAUUUUCACGCCAUACAAACAUGAAAGAGAUUGUUUUUCUGGUGCGCUGUCCAUAAGGUUACAAGACAGGAUGCUACCACAAACAACAGAAUGAAUAUCUACCUUCUUCAUGUUCAAGAACAUAUGUACGUUGAUUACAAAAAAGAUCUAAUGCGGGGAAAGAUAACGAUGAGAAGUUCUUCACUUGGAAGCGCGUCUGCUGUGUUUUUGGCUUGCGGCAUCCUCCUACUACUCAGCCAUGCGCAAGCCGAUCAGUGCACUGGAAACAAUCUAAGCAUCUCCAUGAAAAGUCGGCUGGAGUGCGGGAUAUUCCAGACAGUGCUGACCAACCGAACCGGAUGCAUACGGACAUGUCUGACAACCCUGAAAUGUUUCUCGCUGAAUUUCUACCAAAGUUUGACAAACGGCUCAGAGAUCUGCGAGUUGGUGGAUGAUGUGCAGAAAAAUAAAGUACCCGGAUGUAUGAAAAAGCACCACGGAGACCACACUGAAAUCGAGGAUUACAAGCCGUGUCAUCCAUUAAGAAAGUGCAAGAUAUUUACACGCAAAGCUCUCGACGGCAAUUGGUACCAGCUCGGGUCCAAGAAGUUCAAGGCAUUCUCCAAGCAAAAGACCUGGGAGAAAGCUCGGGCAGCCUGUGUUGGUAUAGGCGCCAGCCUCGCUUCGGUGACUAAUGAGAUUGAAAGUCAGCUGAUUGGUCAAGUGUUGUUGUCUCUCAUCAAGGACGACCGCAAAAUAGAUGUGAAGGAGACGUUUUCCCCAAUGGCUUACUGGAAGCUAGAUGGAACAGACCCCCUAUCGUCUGGCUUGAGACUUGUUGGCGAUGUUAAGUACGUCCAAGACGAGGACACCAAAACCACCGUUCUUCACUUCCCCGGCACUCCAGGCGACUACGCCACCACGCCUCGCUACGACUUCAGCUCCAUCAGCGUGACCAUCGCCAUGUGGGUCAAAGUGCUCGAGAUGGAAUACAUGUACUUCUACUCGUACUGGAAGCCUUACACUUUCCGCUUUGUAAUGUCACGCCAAGGAACAUUAGAGUUCACUCUAUUCGGAAAUCAAGAUAAUGGCGUCACUAGUGGAGGAUCUCUUAUUCAAAACAAGUGGCACUUCAUAGCCGGAGUCUGGAACAAGGAUACGUUAAACGCCAGUAUUUUCAUAGAUGGCGUCAAAGUCAAGCAGCAGAACAUGGCGGGUAAAAGCGUGCAAUCCAGUGCUGAUGUUACGGAAUACUUCAUCGGCUGGAAAAAAGACAGUGAAACGCCUAUAUAUGCACGACUUGCGCAUUUGAUGCUGUUCGACAAAGCGCUUUCAACAGAGAAAUUGAAGCUGGUCGAAGAAGCUACCGUCGGUAAGAAAGCUGGCAAAGAAGUUUGGCUUGGUCUUAAUGACAAGACAACCGAAGGAAACUUCUUCUGGCAAGAUUCUGAGCCUGCAAGCUACCAAAACUUUGCCCCAGGCCACCCUAACAGCCCGGGAGACGACACGGACUGCGUAGUUGCGAGGGACUCGGACGAGGGAAAAUGGGCAGACACAAAGUGUGACGCCAAGCGGCCAUACAUCUGCAUGAAACCAGCCUGAGUAGUAGCUAGGGAAUAUUAACCUUAUAAAUAUUUGAAAUAGGCGACAUGCACUUAGAAAUCACGUGACGUUUUGAUUGAUAGGCAAACUCACACCGAAAUAAACACAGAAAUGGCUCCGACCAUAAGCCAAAGAUUGACGGAAAAAUUGAAGAUAAUGGUUUAUUGACUAACCCAUACGACGUCUCUUAUAUAUGAAAAUGGCCACAACGUUAUUUUACGUUGCGGCACAAGCCAGUACCUGAGAAACUUUUAAUCAAAUAUCAUUAAUAAAGUAUCAGACUUUAAUCGCAGAUGGAAAAUUUAAAGGUUCUUUUUUUGCAAAUGUUGCUUUCGGCGGUUAUAUUUUGUCGCCAAAAGCUUAGCGCGCGCCAGUUUGCAAGCCAAAGAGUCAAGUGAUUACCAAGUGCGUGUCGCCUAUUGAGAGUAGACAACAGGUCUCAGAUAAUGUACAUUUCCAAAAUUGAGAUUAAUUUUCUUAAGAACAUGACUCUGGUACUGUUCCUUGCAAUUGCGUGACACUUUUAGUGUCACGACAACCGCGUGACAUGCAAUUGCAUGACCAAGUUUGCCAGUUAUCUAUAGAGUAAUGGUAGCAUGCACUGGUUGAACCAUACUUCUAUAUAUUUAUUCACUUGUUAAAUAUGGUAAUAAAAUACAUUUUUAGCGAAUGUACCAGAGCUUUUUAAGAGUCUUUUCGUUACUCGCUACAUAUCUGAAGCGUUUUCGAUGCUUAUUGGAAUAAUCUCGAAAUUUAUUACAUUGUUAACUUGGUAAAGUAACGGUAAAGAUCGUAAAAAUGGAUGUACACCGCUAUAUGACCGUUGCUUUUUGGGUCCCAAAGGUGUCCGUUAUAUAAGGGUCCACUGUAUAUAAAGAAAAUAGCAUGGAGUUUAUUGAUUUCCCUUAUAUAGGGGCUUCACGGUAUAUAUUGCUUAUAAAUAGCACGGAAUUGGAUGAGUUCCGUUAUAUAGGGGCUUACGGUAUAUAGCAUAUAAAUAGCAUGGAAUUGGAUGAGUUCCGUUAUAUGGGGGCUUACGGUAUAAAUAUAUAUAGCUUAUAAAUAGCAUGGAAUUGGAUUAGCUUUUUGUCCGGCCUAUCUGUAGGUCUCAAAUUGGACGCGCACAGAACCAACCACUAGCAUGUUACAACUGUAUUCUUGUCUAAGGAGAGUCAGCGGGAUGGCUAGAUUUCAGAUUUGAACACAGGUAUAGCUCAGGCUCACGUUGGCUAAAGCAAAUGCAUGACUUUUACCGCCAUUUCUUGGGACAGGACAUUUAGACACAUACCUGAUUCUGGAUGGCUCGCAGUUUUUCUAAAUAGCCAGUCUCUGAAAAGGUUCACUCUCCGUUCACUCUCACAGUUGUAUGUACUCUCAUUUUAGUGCCAGGCUCCUGGCGCGCUCCUAUAUCCAAUGGCGCAUGUGUUUAAGCUGGCGUGGACUCAGAUACGUGCUAAUGUCAAACUAAUAACAGAUUGUGUAAUCAACGACCAAUAAAUAUUCAUUCAACACAAAA